CGUGGAGGGGAAGCAUGCCUGCGGCAGUGAGGAGGCUGCGCGCGAAGGGCUUCAGGCUGCAAUUUGGUCACAGCUGGGAACUACAAUUCCCGUAGUGCUUCAGGCCCUGUCAGCUGGCGCUCCCGCCUGGCGACGGCGUGGUGCACGCCGGGAUUUAUAGUCUAUUACAGGCUUUGCGCAUCCUACCUGGAAGGUGGGCCGGUGAUCACAGUUCAGAUGCAGGUACAUGCCGCCUGCCAGGCCGCCGGUCCUCGACUAUUGUUGGUGCCAGUCUUUCUACUUUCACUUCUUGGAAGAGAGUGGCAUUCCUGCCCUGUAACACUUGCUCCAGUGAGAGGAGUGGACCGCGGGCAUCCGAGACCCUUGCUUACUCUACUAUGCUUUCAGGCUACAGCUACCGGCCUGGUUGACCAUGGCCCUUUCUGUGGAGACGGAGUCGCACAUCUAUCGAGCUCUACGCACUGCCUCUGGGGCUGCUGCCCACCUUGUGGCCCUGGGCUUCACCAUCUUUGUGGCUGUGCUUGCCAGGCCUGGCUCCAGUCUGUUCUCCUGGCACCCUGUGCUUAUGUCUCUGGCUUUUUCUUUCCUGAUGACCGAGGCAUUGCUGGUGUUCUCUCCUGAGAGUUCGCUGUUUCGCUCCCUCGCGCGGAAAGGCCGAGCACGCUGCCACUGGAUACUCCAGUUGCUGGCCCUACUGUGUGCACUGCUGGGCUUGGGCCUUGUCAUCCUCCACAAGGAACAACUUGGCAAACCCCACCUGGCCACAUGGCAUGGGCGGGCAGGGCUGCUAGCUGUGCUGUGGGCAGGGCUGCAGUGCUCAGGUGGGGUGGGGCUCCUCUACCCCAAACUGCUGCCCCGGUGGCCCCUGGCCAAACUCAAGCUGUACCAUGCCACUUCUGGGCUAGUGGGCUACCUUCUGGGUUGUGCCAGCCUCUUGCUGGGCAUGUGCUCACUUUGGUUCACUGCCACAGUCACUGGUGGGGUCUGGUACCUGGCUAUGCUAUGCCCUGUCAUUACCAGCUUGGUCAUCAUGAACCAGGUGAGCAAUGCCUACUUGUACCGCAAAAGGAUUCAGCCAUGAUCUCUUCUCAGCCUCGAAGCCUGGAUUUGCCCCAGUGUAGGAACUGGGGCCGGGACCUCCUGGAGUUUUUCAACUGACUAGGUCACAGGGACACCUCAGACACUGGGGCACUCAACGUUGAGUCUUGUGUGUGACAUUUGUGCUUCUCCUCACACUGGAGUGCCUCCUCCUUCCUCAUUGCUCUACCAUCCCAGAGGAGCUCUUGGAUCAUGUGUCUGGAUGAAACUGGAAUUGCAAGACUGCCUUCCCAGCAGCUCAACUCCUACUUGUAUUGGUAUGUCCACAAAUUACAGGAGAAAAAAAAUUAC